GAAAGGUGUGGAAUCAUCACUUUGAAGAAAUCAGCUUCUUUCUUCUCUGAUGAUGAGACCUUCCGUUAUAACGAUUUCUUGAUGGACCCUAUCACAAUUCUGGGAGCUGCAAGCUCGGCAAUUGGUAUUGCAAGUUUUGGCCUCCAAUUGGUACAAAUCCUGACGAAGUACGCGACUGAUGCUGGCGCAGCCGCACAAAAUCUCAAAGCAACAUUGACAAACAUCCGUGCUGCAAGUGUUUCCUUCGAAUACGUCAAUCAUUUUUUGAAACAGGAAAGUGAGCGCUUAAAGUUGGGACAAAAAGCGACACUUAAUGCGCGCGGGAUCAGACAAAUUCAAGGUAUUACAGACGAUUGUCUCAAGGUAUUUUGGAGAGUGGAGGCAUGGGUCUUGUACAAGGACGACUCAAACGAACUGGAGCUCAAGAUUGCCAAUAGGCUGAAUGAAUACAAAGAGGAUGUGAAAUUUGAUCCAGAAAGACCUUCGCAAUUCCUGAAAGUCGAUGAAACUUUAGCGAAAGUCCGCAAACUCAGAGAAUCGUGGCUUGCAAGAUACUUGUCCCCGCUACAAACACACAAACUUCUUCAAUAUGCAAGAGAACUUCAUGAACUUCAAGCAAGUUUGAAUCUGCUUUUCACGGUUAUCAGUGUCAGAUUGAAUGGACCCAGAUCAGGAUCAGCUUCUAUUAAUGCCAUGCAUACUGUACCGUAUGACAUGACUUCACGUGGUAUCGAGCAAGUGGCCGGAAUGCGCCCAGAAGCAACAAACUACAUGUUUCAUUCCAGAAUGAAUGAUUACGAAACGCAGCAUUUGAACCAUAGGUUCAUCAACCAAAUCGGUAGAAAGCAUCUUAUUCCUGUAGCCAGCGGGAUACGAUAUGUUGACAAUCCUUAUACCUAUAUUCCACAGAGUUUCUUCCAAAAUUCUGAGCUGAAUCAAAGAGAAAACAUGCCCUUUCGCAAAGUUAUUCCUCCGGCUGUUCCAGAUGAUCCACUGAACUCUGUUUUGAGAAUGGAUGCUGAGACCAAGGGCAGCUUUCUGCAAGGCCAAGACUCCAAAGGGAAAACAAAUGCCGGAUAUGCCAUGGGCCCCGGCAAUCAGACAAUCGACGCCGCUAAGAGUUAUAUGGCACAUCAUGAUGCUGAAGCGAGACUGAAGCCUGAACUCAUGAAAGGUAUGGGGAAUUAUGAAACGAAGACAUAUUUGGAUCAUUUUAUGCCAGUCGAAAAGACAAGAGAUAUCGACAACCUUUCCACAGUGGCACAGCGAAGUACAAAAGCUUCCAUGAAUGUGGAAGACGAGAGUUCAGCCAAAAAAACUUCCAAGUACCCCCCAAAUCAAAAAGAACACGAACGUCCGAAAACCGGAGCCUCCGCCAAAUCUUGGUAUCCGAAGGUUUCUACUAUUAAUAAUGAAAGUAUUGUUCCAGCACAGGCUAUCAACGCGCCAUCGGUCAAAUAUCAAGUUGGCUGUAAACAAGCCAACAAUAUUUUGAGGCCAGCAAUGCAGAUCAACGAUAUCGAGGUAAAGGACAAAACAAUCGAUUCGCACAAUGAAUCAAGAAAUGAAGUGCCACGGCACGCUCAUGUUUUGCAGGCAAAACAGUUUCAACCAGAAACAUCGCAUAAUCUGGAACCAAAUAUUUCCGUUUCAGAGAGUCGACAAAAGAUUCCUGGUUCAUUUAAUGAUAACUCUGAAGAUCUCAUCGAUUUUAGCGACAAUAUCCCAACAUUACAGCAACCCACUGCAGUCGCAAUUGAUGAGAUAAUUCAAGCGCGAAACUCAGGCCCACAAGCCGUUCAGUAUGACCUGCUUUCUGGUGAUCUAGAUGAACUCCGGGCAGGAAUAAUAGGAGAGUUAAAGAAUCCUACAAUACCAAAAACAUGCUUUUACGACACACCACCCAGGGCAACUUCCGAUGACACUGUAGAGACAGUAACGGCAAAGGUACUGGCUGCCUUGGCGCCUAUUUUAUCUAACCAGACACAACUUCACGAUACCAUCGAUCAGCCCGAUCGCAAAACAUACGAACGAUUUGCCAUUAAGAAGGAAGAAAUCGCUGAAUCGCUAGAGGUGGCGAAUCUGCCGGUGAUGGAGAAGUUCUCAGACAAGAAAAAAAGCAUUAAGUCGCAGGAUAAAAUCAUCCCUCAAAGCAAAGCAUCAGAGGCGUCAAUAAAAACUUCAUCCUCGUCAUCGACUAAUCAUCGCUCUCAACAAGACAUUGAAGGUAGUUCCUUAAAGACAUCCAACAAGCGAAAUGAAUUGUUAUUCGAUAAUGUAAGCCCCGAUUUUUCGCCGCCCUCGAAGUUCAGAGAGCCCCCCACAAAUUAUACGGCAUCUGAAACAUCCAACUCUAUAAGCAAUGUUAAAUUUUCUCAGGUUGGCACUAGCCAAUCAUCGGGAAAUAACUUUUCAAAGCACAAUUUAAUCAAGAGUGGUGGCCUCAAAAAUAUCUUUAGACGCAAUAAUCUUGCGGAAGAUGACAUAAGCAGGAUGAUUCCAGAAGGUACCUUUCUUACUGCAUUUUUCAUUAAAGGCCAGAGCUAUCAGCAAAUACCCACCGUUAGGAAUUUCAAAUUACGAAAAUCGGAGAUCGAACGGAUGCUAUCGCAAACUCCCCAGCAGGAUUGGUGGAAGGAAUUUUGCUUUCUUGAAUCAGCCGAGACCGCUAGUCUGACCCAGAUUUUGAAACCUCAGGGUAACUAUAGAAAAGCGCUCAUAAGCCUCAAAGAAGUGAAGAAACAUUCCAGUCGAUUGUGGUCGCGGGGUGAAAAGGGCCACAUUGCUAUUGUUAUCAACAAGCCUCUGGCUCACCUUGAUUUGGCGCCAGAUUUUGGUCUCGAUUUUAGAUCUGCACCAACUCGAGUGGAUAUGAGCGACAAUGGUAAUGGUAAUGGUAAUGGUAAUGCGUUCGGUCCCCAACAACUUGGGGAACUUAUCUCACGAGCUAUAGACGAUAGAGAUUGUUUGUAUGGUGCAUAUACAAUUCACCCAAUACUCAUUGAAAGCUCGUAUCAGUCUCCUGAUUGGGUAAAUGCUCAUGGCGUCAGACAACAUUUCUCGGGAAGACACAUACUUGGAAGAAUUCUAGAGCUAAGCACGAGUAGUGGGACAGUCAUCACGAAGCUUUUGGAUCUCACAGUGCCACAACAAAGACAGGUUCAGAAGAUAGUCGACUCAAACAAUGAAGUCAAUAGUAGCAUCACAUGGACUCUUGCACAGCUCGAAGUCGUCUAUGGGAAGUGUCUCAGCCCUGUUAGUGACGGAAUCCUAUCAAUCACAGUAUAUCUUGUGGGAAAUUCAAAUGAACCAGCAGAUAACACUUCAAGAUCGGAGAAGAGCGGUUGGACUAUGAGCUCCUCCUCAACUUUGAAAGACAGAGGUGCCGAUGAUAUCCAAAUAACUUCGAGCAUUAAGAGUAUUCAUUUUACAAAAUCGUUAAAAUCUCCUCAAACAACAUCUCCGGCAUUUUUGAACACCGCCACUGAAGACACGGAACCAAUCCCUCCGAACUCCCCCAAGUCAUUAAGAAGUAUUUCAAGUAUAUCUGAUAUUUCUAAAGUUGAUAUUUCUGACUCCGAGCGAACGCUUGAUGAUAAUUACGAAAUUUUGCAGAUUCCAACGAAUGCGAAUGCUGCUGCCAUCAAAGACGCCCAUAUCUCCUUGCGCAAGAACUCUAAUUCAAAGUCGAACCCCUCGGAUCCUUCUACUAGGAAACGCUUCGUUACUGCGGCCUCGAGGGCGCCCGACAAACGCGAAGCUUACGACGAAGAACACAAGCUCAAGCAACCACAACUAAAAAGACAAACAAAUCAUCCAAUAGUAAACAGUAAUCCAUCGGUGAAGUUCAAAAGAACAGAAUCAUGGGUCGAAGAUCACAGAGAGAGAGAUCACGCGACUGACGACGAGGGCCAUCAUGAUAGACGGCGCGUCGGCUUUGCAGAAAGUCGUAGAGUACCUCUGCGACGGGGAAUAAGGAGCCCUGAGCUGUCUGAAUCAGAUGGUCAUUCCAGCUCAGAUGAUGAACUUUCACAACGAACUCAUGGGGUGGGAAGAGUACCCUACCGAAGAUUUCCUCAACCACUGGCCAGAUACCGGGGCAGAAAUUCAGCAUAUGAUGAUGAUCCAAGACACGCAUUAUCUAGGAGAUAUUCUAGAUCAAGGUCUCCGUCCCUCGAAAGUGGCUCAUCAGAUGAAGAUUCAAGAUCAGAGUCACCUUGGAGAACCUCGUUCCGCGGCAAUAACUCCAACAAUCCCUUCAUCAGAAAACCCACAACAUCUGUUCCUCGCCCAAAUUCGCUUGCUGGAAGAAGUUCACGAAGGCCUCCAUCUCCUAGGAGUGAAUUAUCAUUUGACAAUUCAAGGUUACGAUCACCAGAAAGAGGUUCCUUACAUCAUUAUAGCAAUCAACCUGCACGUUCAUUUGCUGAUAGAGCCUCUGCGUCAAAUCAUCGACCAAGCGGAUCCCUGCCCAGAAGAAUGGCCUCAGUGGCAAGACCUGUGACUGACAGUGUCAAUUGGCGACAAAGUUAUGAACCAAACCAUAAAGGGCCUCAGCCAAACAAAUUUAGUGGAGCAUACAAUGACUGGAACAUAUCCAGAAGAAUUCAACCACCAUCACCUCAGCCGUCACCUCGGCCAACGUCUUAUAAUCUCCCAUCCCAACAAUUUAUACAAGAGCCUAUUAUUCCAUUCGAUCGAAGACCUGCAUACUACCCUGAUCACUAUGAUGGAAAAUCAUACGACCCUUAUGGAGCAUCAGGGACUGAACAUACUGACGACAAUAUUGUGCAACAGCUCUUAUUGGAGUGGACACCAGCAGGCGAAGAGGCUGAGGCAGCAGCAGCAGCGCAGAACGCAGAUGAGAACAAUAACUCAACUGCAAAUCGAAGUUUGAAUGAUACGUAUAAUAUAAGUUCUAGAGUCCCGAGUCAAAACCAUCAAACGGCCCAGGAACAAGUCGAGAAAAUCGAGAUACCUGAUGCCACCAAGAUGAAUAUUAAAAGUGGAAGACGUCCAAUGGCAACAGUGGAAGAUGAUUCUGGAGAAUUUUCGGAUUUUGAAAGACCUUCAUUGUUUCCUCGGCGUGCGAUGACUAAUUUCUUUUGAGCUGCGCAGUAAAUUGCUCUAGGAACUUGAAGACGUGUUUGUGUGAUAAGCUCUAAAAGAAUUAGAGCAAGCUUGAGCGGUGGUAAUGAAGGCAUAGGUCAUGCAUGUGACUACUUUGAAAUUUCAGUUAAUGUUUUAACUAAAUACAAUUUCAGAGUCUUUUCUUCUUGCACGAAAACAAAGCUCCAAACGUGCGGAGUUAAAAAGAAAAGGCGGGAUUUUGCAGCUUUUAUCACGCGUCAGACGCUUCGCAUUAUCAAUCUAAAAGCAAGAGUAUAUUCAACAGAAUAUUAAUACUAGAGGUGCAAUUCUUGAGCCAUCUCUAUUGAUAUCCCCGCCCCCAAGAAAACUGCGAUAAAUCAAUUCUACAAAAAGUCCACCGCACUUGGGUAUCUCUCAAAAAGUCAUGAAAUGAGCCACAUCUCGAGAUCAUGCCCAGGCUAAAACAUGCACCCGGAUCUGGUCCACAUAAGAACCAAGACUCUGGUACUUAUGAUUGUCAUCCUCUACAUCCAACAAAAGUAUCUAAGCUAUUAUUGUAAAGCUUGAUAACACUAAUUUUAUGAAACGCUUUCAAGCCCUACCAUAUUCGAACCUUGGAAUUCUUUUUUAUAAUGAAUAACUAUUAUUCAAAUAUGCGAUAUCUCUCGAUGGCGGGUUUGGAUUAAAAUUUCUUUAAAGAGAGCAGUUGCUGAAAGCAUAAUCUUCUCCUGGUCUCAGUCUCAAGUCCCAGUUGUGCUUGCUUUUCUUUCAUUAGUUCCCUCUACCGAACGAUAGAACUUUUCCAGAUCUCAUUCACAACGGUUUAAAGACAUGUAAUUAAAAAAACAAUAUCUGUACUCAUGAUUCA